AUUUCGUUACAAUAAGUAUCAUGUUGUCUUUAGUUGCUGUAACUUGCAAGAAUGGCUGAAAUACAAAACUUCACCUGGGCAGUGGAAGACACUUUCAAGGAAGUCUUUCUCACUUACAUGAAUGGCUGGAGGAAAAACAUGACAGAGGCAGCAAAAAAACUUCAAGCCAAAGUCGACGCUGAAAACUUUGAUUACGUUAUCCUUUAUUUGAUGGUGAUGAUUGGAAUGUUCUCCUUCAUUAUUGUGGCGAUCUUGGUGAGCACUGUGAAAUCAAAGAGGCGAGAGCACUCCAAUGACCCCUACCAUCAGUACAUCGUUGAGGACUGGGGCGAGAAGUACAAAAGCCAGAUUCUGAAUCGAGAAGACCUCAAAUGUGUGAUCCAUGAAAAUUUGGGUGCAAGGGACAAAACAAGUCCUGAAUCGCCUUGACUCUUUGGAAGCACCAGCAAUGAGGAAAUCAUAAAGCCAUGUGCAGGGGACUCAUGGGAAACUCUCUGUUAAAUUAAGACAGGUCCAUGUAGGACAGAGAGCUGAGGGAUUCAACAGUAUUGUUUCCCGUGAGGACUUUGGCACAGCUGCUUGGGGAACUCACGAUUGAGCUUUGUUUCAGUACUCUGUUCUUCAGGAAAAUAAAACCGAGGGAAUGAAUAA